AUGAAGCCGGAUCGCUUUGUACAAUCCAAAGAAGGCGUUGAUUAUUAUCAAAGGACUUGUUAUCAUUCCCCACCAACAAUAAUGCGUGAUUGGGAUCGUGACGAUCCGCUACCGGAGCAAUGCUUCGAGAUGGCGCAGGGAAAAGUCCUUAUUGGAAUCGUUGAUCAACUACUGGACAAGAUAUCUUCCCUGGAGAUGUGUCAGAAGUCGUGUCUAGAUGCGAAAAAGAAUAGCGGGGUUGUGUGUAAAAGUGCGAUGUGGUAUCCGAAGGAGAAGGAAUGCAUCAUCGCCUCUCAAGACAAGCAUGACAUUGCCGAGCUGUACAUCGAGGAUCCGAACUCGGUGUAUUUAGAGAAUAAGUGUGCCGAGGGAGCGAAGGCGACGGAAAACAGUAUUAUUGCAUCGACGUCAACAACCGCUUCUCCAAUCACUCUGAACACAUUGGUUAGCCAGCCGGCGGCAACCGGAGCAGAAGAUGAUGAUGACGAUAUUACUGAUGAGCCUUUUCACGUUGAGGGUGAACAUCCGAUGAAUUCGUUGAAUUCGGUAGCCGCACCUCCAGCCCAGCAACCCGACCCUCCGAUUGAAGAAUCUGGCUAUGGAAAUUCUCGGCAAGCCGUGAAUUCUGUUACACAGACCGAGUCCCCAUUGACCCCCGCGGCCACGAUCGACCCUAAGGUUAUCGAUUCCUAUCAGAUGCCGGAGAAAAAAGACGAAGCUCCAGUGGAAGCAAAGACACCCGCCAUCAGCGAUUAUUACGGGAAACCAUCAAUGGGGGUUGAAGCAACACCCAAUAAAUACCAAACGGUUCCUCCCUCGCUAGCGGUCGUCAACCCGGAUCCUUAUCAAGAACCGAAAAGCAGCGCUGUCGAAGCGACGCCCACUUCCGGAUACAGACGACGUCUUAGGGAUGAUAGAAUGAGCAAAUGCUUCAGCGAAGUAAACCCGACUUAUCCUUUGAUGGCAGAGCGAGUGAUGAAGGCGUAUUCCAUCGAACAAUGUGCGGAUAUAUGUCGUUUAUGUCGUUUCUGCCUGCGAGGGCAACGGUGCGCCGGAAUGGCGUUUGAUCUCAUCAGGGAAAACUGUGCCCUCUCAUCGCGGGCAUUGGACAAUGGCGGCCGACCGGACAGCACCUCAUCGAUGGUCUACUUCGCAAGAAGUGCUCUUUGU